AAUAUGCCUCAAUACCCACCAAGACCUCCUCCCGGUAUACGUAGAACAUUUUGGUCGUACAGAACAAAAUUCGAAGUCACAUUUGGUUUCUCCAUGUUGGAACCAUGGGAAAAAGGCAUGAUCUACAUGCUCAUGCUCAUCAUCACUGCCGUUUUCUGGAUAUCCGUCUUCAAUUACACUCCUCGACAUCUCGGUUAUCUUCACCGACGUUUCUCUUACUAUAUAUUUGACGAUGAGAAUGUCGAUGUGCGGUUCUUGUUAAGAGAUUGGGUAUGGGAUGGUGUGGACGGUGUUUGGAGUGGGGUUAAGCGGAUACGGGGAGAAUUAUGA